UCUCCCCUCCAGAAAUGAAAGUGACCCCGUCCAGGGUAAUAGAAGGAGGUGAGAUGACGGUGACAUGUGACACCAGACUGGAUGGCGGCACAGAGCUGCACUUUGCCUUCUACAGAGAUGGACGGACUGUGCGGGAAUUCAGUACAUCUGAUAACUACAGAGAUGGACGGACUGUGUGGGGUUACAAUGUAUCUGAUACAUACAGAGUGCGGUCAUCUCAGCUGGAGGAUUCUGGGAAUUAUACCUGUGAAGUGAGGACGACGUCUAACACUGUGAGGAAGAUGAGUGAUGGGCUCCAUAUCCAGAUAACGCAGAAACACGAUAAAGAAUUACCCGUGGCAGUAAUCGCUGCGGCUGUGAUUGGGAGUCUUGUGGUCAUUGUCAUCUCCGUUGUUCUUAUCUGGAAAUGUAAAAAAAGAAAACGUUUUUUACAUCAAGACCCUUAUCAAGCAAUAAGUACAACAGGAAAUAACACAGAACCCGAUCCUGAUGUCUGCUACACGUACCUAGAUAUAAGUCGACUUCCCAAAGGUGCUAGAAUUAAACAUGAGGAUCUGACUGUUACAUACGCUACUGUGAAUAAUGCAAAUAUCUAAGAAAGGAUACCGGACCCGGAAUGGAUGAUACCAAACUCUGCAUGUUUCCAUGGAUGAUAUUGGAGCUUCCUGUCAAGUCGACCAAUCCAGAAGGGAAAAAAAAAAACCUCUAUCAAAGAUUAUAUGAAACAAAGCUGUGUCAGAUAAUUGUAUUACCAACCUUUAAAUUCAGAGCUUUUUAAAUGUAGCCAAGUGCUGGCUAUAUCGCUUUUGCCAUCAUGGGACAUUCCUUAACAAAGAUUACACUGAGCUUUGUUCCCUCUAGUGCCUAGCAUGGGGAUUAUGGCAUCAUUUCCUGAUGAUAGAGAGAGAGAGACCACUACUGAAAUCAGAGGAUUCUAUGGACCUGCUGCUGCUGCUGCAAACUACAAGUUCCAGCUGUCUGGAAAGAUGAGGGAUUCUUGGUGAGGAGAGAAAUAGAAUGGUCUGGGGAGAGGCUCGCUCUCUUGG